AAAGAGAAUUGAAAAAUGAAAGCUAAAAUCUCUCUUGUUGAUUUAGUCGGCCAUGGCGUCUUACCAGUUUGUAUAGAAGAAUUCAUUUUCAAUUCAAAAUUCAUCAUUAUUCUCCUCCCCCAUUGAAUUGAAACUCCCAAAAAUCUGUUCCAACAAGACGCUACCAAUACAUUUCGUUUUUCUUCCAUAUCUCUCACGAGUCACGACCUUCAUUUCAACACUUCCACCCUCCACCUUUCUCCUUCAAUAAUCCAUCAAUGAAACAACCCCCGAUUCCUCCUUUUUUCUGAAUUCGCAGCUUUCUCUGUUCCCAAUAAUGGCUACUCCACUCCCUUUCUCUCUCUUUAAUCCCCUUCCUAUUACUUCCUUCUUCCUUCUUUGAUUUCCCGCCAAAUCCCUCUUCAACCCAUCUCCAAACACCUUCUUCCUGACUCUUUUUUCUCCAAAUUUUUUCAUAAUUUCAUCGCCGUUCUCUCUUUAAACCUCCUGGGGUCUCGUAUCUUUUUGUUAUAUCCAAAAGGGGGUUUUUUUUUUCUCUCAAACUGUCGCUUUUUUUGCCUUUUCUCUGCCUCUUUUAAUGCCUCCGACGUAUUUCCCUCUCCGGUGGGAGAGCACCGGUGACCAGUGGUGGUACGCUUCUCCGAUAGAUUGGGCAGCUGCUAAUGGUCACUACGAUUUAGUCCGGCAGCUUCUCCGGUUAGACGGAAACCAUCUCAUCAAACUCACAUCUCUCCGCCGAAUUCGUCGCCUCGAGACCGUUUGGGAUGAUGAAGAACAGUUUCAUGAUGUCGCUAAAUGCCGUUCUGAUGUUUCUCGAAAGCUUUUAAUGGAAUCCGAAUCGAAGAAAGGGAAAAACUCCCUAAUCCGAGCUGGCUACGGCGGGUGGUUGAUUUACACCGCCGCUUCCGCCGGCGAUUUGGGGUUCGUUCAAGAACUUCUCCAGAGAAACCCUUUGCUUGUUUUUGGAGAAGGGGAAUAUGGGGUUACGGAUAUUCUCUACGCCGCCGCUAGGAGUAAGAACGAUGGGGUAUUUCGGAUUCUGUAUGAUUUUGCUAUCUCCCCGAGAUUCUCCACGGGGAGAGGAGGGGUUCUGGAUGAACAUAUCGGAGAGAUUCCGGCCGUUUAUAAAUGGGAAAUGAUGAACAGAGGUGUUCAUGCCGCCGCCAGAGGAGGUAACUUGAAGAUUUUGAAGGAGCUUCUUGCGGAUUGCUCCGACGUGUUGGCUUGCAGAGAUGCUCAAGGAUCUACAGUUUUACAUGCAGCUGCAGGAAGAGGACAAGUUGAGGUACUUAAAUAUCUUGUCCAAACAUUCCCUAUCAUCAAUUCCAUAGACCAUCAGGGGAAUACAGCAUUGCAUAUUGCUGCUUGUAGGGGCCAAUUGGCUGCAGUUGAAGCUCUUAUUGCAGCAUCUCCCUCGUCCAUCUCUUUAAGAAACAAUGCUGGUGAAACUUUUUUGCAUAAAGCCAUUUCUGGCUUCCAAACUCCUGCUUUUCGUCGACUUGACCGACAAAUUGAUCUUCUGAAGAAUGUGAUUUGUGGCAAAGUUCAUAAUAUGGAUGACAUUAUCAAUGCCAGAAACAAUGAUGGAAGGACUGCUCUUCACAUGGCUGCCAUUGGGAAUGUUCACUCUGAUCUCGUUCAACUUUUGAUGACUACUGGCUCGAUUGAUUUGAAUGUUCGAGACAUGGAUGGGAUGACGCCGCUUGAUUAUCUUAGACAAAACACACAAUCUGCUUCAGCAGACGUAUUAAUAAGGCAGCUCAUUUCUGCUGGAGGAAUGUUUGGUUGUCAUGACUAUAAUACGAGAAAGGCCAUAGCUUCACGGUUGAAGAUGCAGGGACUCGGAAGCAGUCCUGGGACCUCUUUUCGAGUCUCAGACACUGAAAUAUUAUUGUAUACCGGCAUUGAGAAUGCUUCAGAUACCAUACCGGAUCAUGGCAGUGCAGGAAUGAGCUCUUCCUCGGUUGAGUUGAGUCCAUACGAUUUACCUAAUGAGAAUCCCAACUCAUCAUCAACUAUUAAGAAAUCUGGUUCUGUAAAUUCAGCAGCUCAACGAUUAAAAAGCGUCUUCCAUUGGCCAAGAAUAAAAGAUAAGAAGAAAAGUGAGACAUCCAAGAAGCAAAUGGAUGAGGGCUCCAUUGAAGAAUCACACAAGAAAUACAGCAGUUCAGAUGAGGCUCCAACUCCAACCCCUUUAAGGCAAAGGUUCUCAAAGCCAUUGACUCUUCCCAACCACAAACGGACACUUUCGGUUAGAAGCAAUCAAUCGAGCCCGUCUGCUAAGAAAAAACAUGCUACCGGUCUAAUGCGUGGAGUCUCUCAGGGCAUGCCACACGUUGUCAUUCCCCAUCGAUCCCGCUCUAGCUCAUUUUCAAAAUCAUCGCUUUCUUCACCAGGUUCAGUAGAUAAACAGAAAGGUAUUUGUUUUGACAGUGAUGGUGCAGGGCCAUCUUAUUCAAACCAAGCCAUUGGCAAUGAAACACCGAAUCUCGGGAAACAAGGAUCGGUCGAUAGGAAGUUGAGGAGCCAAUAUUUCUGUUUUGGUGCGGGAAGCCUAAUUGGAAAGACCACAGUUAGCAAGCAGCAGCAGCAGCAGCAGCAGAGCCAGAGUUACAAGCUUCCAGUGGUUUCGGUAAUGUAGACGAGAAGAGGAGGGAAGACAAGCAACAAUGAUGUUGAGAUGUAACGUAGAAGAAGAGGAUUAAACUGAGUAGCAAGUGAUAAACUGUAUGAUGUAUGUUUCUGUAAAUUGAAACAAACUUAACUGAAUUAAGUAGCUAUGUAAUAUGCUUUAGUUUGGAAGUUUUGUUUGUUUUUGGAAACUCUGGUGAUGUAAAAUAAGAGAUGAAGGGGCCAUGUAUAAGUAUAACAUAGUGGUUGGGAUUAUAUGAUCAUUUCAAUAAUUAAGAGUCAACUUCAAGUAACUUGGUGGAAUA